UUCCAUUCCCCUUUUUUAUACCCCUAGGAAUUGUCCCACAGGGCCCCCUAAGGCCUAAGCCACAUGCUCCUCAUGUCCACAAGCUCAUUAAAUCCCAUAGAGAUCGAGCAGCCAAAGAAGCAGCACGUCAAUUAGCCUGAACGUACAUGGAGCUUCUUCCACUCGCAGAUCCUUCAGAGAUGGAAGCAGAAGAAGAUGUGUUCUUCGCAGAUCUAAGCAGGCAACUAGCGCUGCUGGUUAUGGAUGAUGAGGAACAACUCCCAGUACACAUGCAGUGUCCUCCUCUUCCACUUCGGGAGCUUCCUUACAUGCCCCAGAUCAUGAUGCCACCAUCAUCCCAUGGCUACGAUCAGGUGGCUUACAGAAGGGAGAUGAGCAAAGGAACAGGAGUUUUCAUUCCACGCUCUACUUCUGCACCGAGGAGGAAGAACAGAUCAAGGAAUAAGUGCUCUCCAGUGGAGCAUUACAACUUCCCAAGGCAGCAUCUGCAAAAAACUGCAACUACGAUUUCUCAUGUGUCCAACGGCGCAUAUUGCAGCCAUUCAAGUGUGCUAAUAAAGAGGCACGUAGAGCAGCCAUGAAGCUGUUUGCUGCGGCCUCGCAGCUAAUUAACCUUGGUUAGGAUGUCAUGCAUGGUGGUCGUUUGUUUGUGGGAUUGAUUUGUGUACAAGGAGAAGAAAAAAAAAACAUAGCACUUUUCCAAUAAUAAAUGCAAUGCGAAGAGGGCUUUAAAUCUCCACCCUUUAAUACUUGUCAUGUUAUUGAUGUUAUAGAUGGCAUGAUCCAAGUCAAUUAAUGUAUUCUCGGAGCAUUAAUGAUGCACUUCAA